CCACCGAAAGCGCGUGCCUGGAGUUCCCAGCCGACACUUUACUUGAACUUCUUCCUCUAUUCCCUCUCCUCUCAUAAUUCUACCCCCUCCCUCUGUUUUGAGUGAUUGAGACACAUCCACGGGAUCCCCGACGCCACCAUGUCGCUGUACUCUUCCUCCCGAAACGUGGACCUGAGCAAGACCGAGGCGCAACUGUCGGAGCACAUCCGCAAGGCCACGUCCAUCGAUGAGACGGCACCUAAGCGAAAGCAUGUGCGCGCCAGCAUCGUGUACACAUGGGAUCACAAAGGCAGUGCCUCCUUUUGGAACGGCAUCAAAGUCCAGCCCAUCCAAGCCGACGAGAUCCAGACCUUCAAGGCCCUCAUCACCGUCCACAAGGUCUUGCAAGAAGGCCACCCGAUAGCGUUGGUCGAGGGUCAGGGACAGCUCAGCUGGUUGGAGAGUAUCGACCGCAGCGUGGGCGGUGGGGAGGGCUCUCGAGGCUAUGCGCCGUUGAUCAAAGAAUACGUGCGCUACCUCAUCGCCAAACUCUCCUUCCACCGCGCCCAUCCGGAGUUCAACGGCACCUUCGAGUAUGAAGAGUACAUCUCUCUCAAGUCCAUCAACGAUCCCAACGAAGGCUAUGAGACCAUCUCCGAGCUCAUGACGCUGCAAGAUCAGAUCGAUGCCUUCCAGAAGCUCAUCUUUGCCCAUUUCCGCAAUGGCAGCAACAACGAAUGCCGCAUGGCCGCCCUGACGCCGUUGGUGACGGAGAGUUACGGCAUCUACAAGUUCAUCACCAGCAUGCUUCGAGCCAUGCACCGCACGCUCGGCGACGACGAAGCGCUGAGCCCGUUGCGGGGGAGAUACGAUGCUCAGCAUUACCGUCUCGUCCGCUUCUACUACGAGUGCUCGACUCUGCGCUACCUCACCUCUUUGAUCACCAUUCCCAAACUCCCACAGGAUCCGCCAAAUCUGCUGGCCGACGAUGAGAAUGCGCCAGCCUUGCCCGCGCGACCGAGACACGACGAGCCAGUCACCAAGCCGCGCGCCGUCACGCCUCCACGAACCCAAGAAGCCGAUCCCGAGCCUAUCAAUGAGUUCUGGAAGAAUGAGCAGGCACGGCAGCAAGAGGAAUAUGCAGCAGAACAAGCGCGCUUGCAAGCAAUGUACGAGGAUGAGCGUCGAAAACAAGAGGCCGCUGCUCUACAAGCGCAGCGAGACUUUGAGGAGCAGCAACGGCUACAGGCUGAGCAACAACGAUUACAACUCGAGCAGCUUCAGCGCGAUCAAUAUGCACAGCAGACGCAAGGGCGGAUGGCGGAACUCGAGCGAGAGAAUCUCAACGCACGCGCACAGUACGAGCGUGAUCAGCUCAUGCUCGAGCAAUACGACAAGAGGAUGAAGGCGCUGGAAAACGAGCUUGCCCAGCUCAACGCCAAUUUCCAGCAGCAGACACAGAGCAAGGACGACCAGAUUCGCGCACUCCAGGAGCAGGUCAAUACAUGGCGCACCAAGUACGAAGCGCUUGCCAAGCUGUACAGCCAACUCCGCCACGAGCAUUUGGAGCUCUUGCAGAAAUUCAAGGGAGUGCAGCUCAAGGCGGCAUCUGCACAGGAAGCGAUCGACAAGCGGGAGAAGCUGGAGCGAGAAUUGAAGACGAAGAAUCUCGAGCUCGCCGACAUGAUCCGCGAACGCGACAGGGCGCUGCAUGACAAGGACCGAACUACUGGCGGCCACAAAGACGAGCUGGAGAAGCUCAAGCGUGAGCUACGCAUGGCGAUGGACCGCGCCGACAACGCCGAACGAGCCAAGGGUAGUGAAUUGUCGGCCAUGCUGUCCAGACACAACCGGGAAAUUGCGGAUCUGGAAGAGGCGCUUCGGAACAAGACUCGUGCUCUUGACGACACGCAUAUGAAGCUCGGCGAGGGCAGCUCCGACCUGGAGCGACAGCUGCGCGAGAAGGAAGAGGAGCUGGAGAUUUACAAGUCUGGCAUGGACCAGACACUCCUCGAGCUCAACGAGCUGCGGAAUGGCAACGGCGUGACCGACCAUGCGAUGGAUGAGCAGAUUGAUGCCAUGCUGCUCGACAACAUCAAGAAAUUCAACGACCUGAUCGAUUCGGUGCUCCAGUCCGGCGUUCAGCGCGUCGACGACUCUCUCUACGAGCUCGACAGCAGUAUGCAAGCUGGUAACCAGAGUGCCAGUGGUCCGUACGUCCUGUCUCAAAUUGAGAAGGCUCAAAGCAGCGCGAUGGAAUUCAGCACCGCCUUCAAUAACUUCAUCGCCGACGGGCCGAACAGCACCCACGCUGAAGUCAUUCGAACGGUGCACACCUUUUCAAACGCCAUCGCGGAUGUGCUGUCGAACACCAAGGGUCUGACGCGUUUCGCGAGUGACGACAAGAAAGGCGAUCAACUCCUCGCAGCUGCACGACGUUCUGCGUCGAGCACCAUCGACUUCUUCCGCGGCAUCAUGUCCUACCGUCUGGACGGGAUGGAGGAUCUGCAAAAGACCGACGUCGUCAUCAACAAGAACAACGAUGUCCAGGUUGCGCUGAACAACCUCUCCAAGUUGGCCGAUGCCUUCGCUCCGAAGACCAAGGUGACCUCGCAGUCCGGCGAUCUGGGCGACAUCGUCGACCGAGAGAUGUUGAGCGCCGCCAAAGCCAUCGAAGACGCCACCGAGCGCCUCACCAAACUGAUGAACAAGCCGCGCGACUCGUACUCCACCUACGAGCUCAAGAUCCACGACAGCAUCCUCGCGGCCGCCAUCGCCGUGACGAACGCCAUCGCCCAGCUCAUCAAAGCCGCCACGGCGUCGCAGCAGGAAAUCGUUAACCAGGGCCGCGGCUCGAGCAUGAGCCGCACGCAAUUCUACAAGAAGAACAACCGCUGGACCGAAGGCCUCAUCUCCGCCGCCAAGGCCGUCGCCCGCUCGACCAACAUGCUCAUCGAGACGGCCGACGGCGUGCUCAGCGGCCGCAACAAGCACGAGCAGCUCAUCGUCGCGUCCAACGACGUGGCGGCCUCGACGGCGCAGCUCGUCGCCGCGUCGCGCGUCAAGGCGAGCUUUAUGAGCAAGACGCAGGAGCGGCUGGAGGAGUGCAGCAAGGCCGUUACCAAUGCGUGUCGCUCGCUGGUCAGGCAGGUGCAGGCUAUUAUCGAGAGCCGACAGAAGGAUGAAGAUGGCGAAGUGGAUUACUCGCAGCUGUCUGGCCACGAUUUCAAGGUGCGCCAGAUGGAGCAGCAGGUCGAAAUUCUGCAGUUGGAGAAUGCGUUGUCGUCGGCGAGACAUCGGUUGGGUGAGAUGAGGAAGAUUUCGUACCAGGACGAGGACUAAGUUGGUAGGAAGAUUGGUCGUGGCGUGAUGAUGAAUGAUACUUGUGUGUAGUGCAGCGAUAUUGUAGCAUUGCGUUUGGACAUUGCUCUCGAGCACUCAUCCUUGUGGGAUCUCAUACUCGCUCAUCACAAGUGAAGCACGAGUUGCAGAGGCGGGGA